AUGGAUUCCAACCUUGGUCCAUCAGAAGGCGGUCGUCAAUAUCUGCGCAGACCUAGCAUCCUUCCACGCAUCGAGGACAGUCUGUCCGAAGAGGAGGAAGGGGCACUUAAAAGGGAUAUUAUAUGGGGAGGAAGACGACGCUGGAACGAAGACGACGCUCUCAAUACUCGGAUCAUCGACGAUGGGCGGCCCCGGCUCGACCAAGACGCUUGGAACUUGACCCCAUCGCAGUCAGCCACGACAUCGUACGCUCCAUCUAUGGCGAACUCCAGUAAUCCACUGUAUCCAGUAAAGCCGUUUGCGCCUAGCGUGGUAAACGAAGACGAGAGUGAUAACAAGAGCGGGAUCUCAAAGUACACAUAUUACAGCGACCUCGACGCCGAAAAAUUCAUCAGAAAGAUUGAAGGAAGGGCAUACAACGUGCUGAAUGAUACCUAUUUUCUUCCCACUGAUGAAGAUGAAUGGACCCGCUUGAAUAAGCAACACCUCGCCUUUAUGGUUGCCCUGGGCGAGCUGUACCCAGAACCACAAGUCGUUCGUGCAGUCCUGGCACCAGCACCAACUGGAGAAAGAAAGCGCAUUCUGGACCUUGGAACGGGAACAGGUGUAUGGGCAACGACGAUGGCACACAACUUUCCAGAAGUGGAUGUAGUUGGAAUCGAUCUUGCACCUGUUCCACUCGACCUCGAAAGCGUUCCGUCCAACUGUUGCUUCGAAAUAGAUGACAUCAAUCUCGGUCUCGAACACUUCAGAGAUUCUUUCGAUCUCAUUCAUGCACGACUCAUUGGUAGCGGUCUCAAAGACUUUCAAAAGACGCUGCAAGACGUCCACGCAUGUCUACGUCCUGGCGGCCUUAUACUCUGGGUCGAUGUAGACUACGACAUGUACAUGGGUGAUGAGCCUACGUAUGCGCCAUUCGCACUUGAAGAAGAUGAAUUGCGUCCGACGCAAAAUCAACGGUCUUGGACACAAAGGGUGGUUUACGAACUGAGAAGGGGUGCGGUAGGCACUGGAAGGAGCGAUCUUUUUACCAUGGCUACCAGGCUGGAUGAAGGAUUAUGGGAUGACCCAAUGCUUGACCCAGACACAUGUAGGACGGCUAGUCUGUACCUUCCACUUGGACCCUGGGUGCAGGGGACCACCGAUGGACAAACACAGCGACUCAAAUAUGUGGGCUCACUUAUGCGUCAAGAUACAGUCAGUUUUCAGAGGGCUAGUCAAGCCGUGAUGAAGAAACUAGGCUGGAAUUCCCAGAGAGUGGAGAAGUGGUGCCAACUCGCGGAAAAUGAGUUGAUGACUAUGGACACAAAAUUAUGGGCCAGAAUACGAUAUGCGUGGGGACGUCGUCGGGGAGCCGAUGGAUCUGCUCCGUCACUUCCUCCAUCUCCUAAAUAUUCUCCAGAGUUGGGUAGCGAGGCAGCGCACAUCUCUCCGUGGCCAUACUACUUUAUAUACACCACACGCGAGCAAGCUUUAAGGGAGAUGCAACGACGCAAUGAAGGCAAAGAUAUCACGCCUCCUCCUGGCCCGGAUAUUCGCAACGCGGGCGCGAGAGCUCCUGAACCUGAAGAAAAAUGA